CUUUUCCCUAAUAACAAGAGUUUUUAUUCAAAUCAGAACUCAGGAUUCUCUACCAUGUCGGAAUGUCAAUAUUUGAAGAUCUACACUCUAAUCUAUCCCAAUCCUUAAACAGACCCCAUAUUUCGUGAUCCUCUUUUCUCAAUUAUGUGCAAGCUUGCGGCGCAUCACGGUAUGGAUAUGUCUCGGCGUUCACGCAAGGGAUUCAACUUGCAAGAGACCGAUCCCUUUCAAAUCUUUGGCUAUUUCUUAUCAAACGCCGUAACUUCCGGCUUUUAUUGUUAAAUGUUGAUUACUAGCUAUACUUGAAGCUGGACUUUGAGGUUCCUUCAAUUCAGAAUUUUAUCAAUGAUAUUAAGGUCGCGCAGCUUUAAGUCGCCUUGAAUAUAAAAAUGGCUCGAACCAUCUCGUGGCUCCUCGGCCUGGGUGCCUUGAUAUUCGGCCUCCUUGCUGUAUUCGUCGAACCAUUCCGUGAACUCUUACUUCAGAAUGCCGAUUAUUAUGAGAUCAAGCUUCCUUUCUCAGACAGGGUUGACAGGGUUGACCCACCCGUCGUUUUUGACUUUGCCCGAGAACUCGCAUAUAUGGGUAGUCGUUCAGAUGGCGUGGAACACUUUCAGGAUAUCUUCUACGCAGAAGAUACAUCGGGAGAGAAUCGGUUUGCACCGCCUAUUCCCAUCAAGCAUAGGAAGGGAACUGUCAUUGAUGCUACUCAACCUGGAGCUUGGUGUCCUCAAGGGACCGGCGACGUACUACCGUUUACUAGCCGAGUUGUGAAUAUCAGUGAAAACUGCCUGAGUUUGAGGAUUGCUCGACCUCAAUUUACGGCGCGGGAUGCCAAGUUACCGGUAAUGGUAUGGUUACACGGAGGUGGUCAUGCUCUAGGAUCUGCUUCAGAUAUCUUGUACCAACCCGAUGGACUAGUGAAACAAGCUGCUACAGAUGGCCAGCCACUGAUUUUCGUUGGAAUCAAUUACCGCCUGGGCUUCUUCGGCUUCGCGACGAGCAAGGCACUUAUUGAUGCGAAGCAUACGAACGCUGGCCUACGUGACCAACGUGCUGCUCUUGAGUGGGUACGUGACAACAUCGAGAACUUCGGUGGCGACCCGCAGCAUGUGACUGCGAUUGGGCAGAGUGUCGGAGCUAGCGAUAUUAGCUUGCAGUUGACUGCGUUCGAAGGAAAGCAGGAUGUCCCAUUUCAGCAGGCCAUCAUGAUGUCCGGCGCCGCAGGGCUCAAUUUUAAUACCAAGUCAGACCUAGUAGCGAAUAACAGCGCCGCAGUAGCCCAGGGGGUAGGGUGUGUCAAGAACGAUGAUAGCCAAUCUGCGGAGACACUUCAGUGUCUACGAGAAGCCCCUUUUGAGCUUCUAAACAACCUCUCUGUCACAGCGUCCCGUGCUGCACGCCCACCAUUCGGAGAGGCUUUUUUCUAUCCUACGUACGAUGGAGACUUCAUCACCGAUCGACCCACUGAGCUGAUGCGCGCCGGAAAGUUCUCCAAGGGCGUACCGAUCGUCGCCUCCUGGGUAGCCAACGAAGGGGCAUGGUACAUCCCCCCAACCACUUCGACGGAUGAAGAGGUACUGGCCAGUUUUGGACUCUGGCUAACCGGUCACUCCGAGUCCACGAAAGCCAAGUUACUAGAACUGUACCCGCUCGCAGAUUUCGAAGGCAUGGUACGGCCGGAUUACGACGGGCCCAUAUCAGCCCAGUACUACCGCGCCGCGCAGCUCAGCAAGGAUAUCUGGUUCACAUGCCCCGUCCUCGAUUUCGCGUGGCAGUACGUCAGGAACGGCGGCGUCGAGCCGGAGAAGAUGCGCUUGUAUAACUUCAACGCGACGCGGUACACCCCGGUCUUCGAGAACAUGGGGGUUCCCUUUUGGCGCGUUGCGCACUUGAGCGAUAUCCCUUACGUGCUGAAUCACCAAGGCCUGGAAGGAGGGGCGGAUAAUUCGGCCCCGCAACUAGAAUUGUCGAAGAUGAUGAGCCGGACCAUUGCGAAGUUCGUAACCUCCGGGAUCCCUAGCGUGGGCGAUAGUAGUGCCGAGGCGUGGCCGCCGGCUUUUGAUGGGGUUACGAGGGAUGAGUUGAAGGAGGAAUUCCCAACCAAGAUUUUGCUGAAAUUGUUUGGUGGACCGUAUGGGAACACGCCCGUUUCAGUUAGCAGAGAUGGGAACGAGGCUACUACGACGGAAGCAGAGAGGGCUCUGAGGUGGGAGAGGAUGCUUGAGAGGUGUGAAUUCAUAAACAGUGAGAAAGUAAGAGAAGAGUCUGGAGUAUAGAAUGGUUAGGUAGCGAUGAGGUUUGGGUAGGGGUUAAAAGGAUAAUGGUGUCUUAGGCAAGCAGUGGUUCCUAAGAAUUUAGCGUAAUGGCCUAGGUGCCUGUUUUCGCGAACAAGAGUCAUUGUCAUGUUCCAAGGAUUGACAAUAUUGAUUUCAAUACUUUAGGUUGACUUGGCGUGUUUACACUUAUUUAAUGAUAGUUUACUACCCCUAUAAGCUCAAUCUGGCGGUAGG